CUACUUUGCGUGAGUAACUCUACAAGAUAAAAAUAAUUAAAUGGGUCGUGAAAUAAUAUGGAGAUUAUCAAGUUUUGGAAGCUUCAACCUCUUGGUGGUGUUGAUGACGGUGGUUGUGAUGAGAUCAACGGCCGUGGAUGGCUAUUACGGGUACAACACGUACAACGCGCCGCCCGGUGCACCUAUCUACAACCCAUCGACGGCUUGGAAUUUUGCACAUGCUACGUUUUACGGGGAUGAAACUGUCUCUGAGACCAUGGGAGGAGCGUGCGGGUAUGGGAACUUGUAUGAUAGCGGGUAUGGAAUAUCAACAGCAGCGCUUAGCACGGUGUUGUUCAACAAUGGGGAAGCUUGUGGAGCUUGUUACGAGAUCAAGUGUGUCUACUCAAAAUGGUGCUACAAUUACGCGCCCUCCAUUAAGAUCACGGCCACAAACUACUGCCCUCCGAACUGGUACCAGUCCGCCGAUGCAGGCGGGUGGUGCAACCCGCCCCGGGCCCAUUUUGACUUGUCUAAGCUUAUGUUCAUGAAAAUUGCUGUGUGGACGGCCGGCAUUGUACCCGUCAACUAUAGAAGGGUCCCGUGUGUAAGAACAGGAGGAAUCCGAUUCCAGUUCCAAGGAAACCCACACUGGUUACUAGUGUACGUGAUGAACGUGGGAGGAAGCGGAGAUGUAGUAAAAAUGUGGGUGAAAGGGUCUAAAAGUACUGUAUGGAUAAGUAUGAGUCGUAACUGGGGAGCUUCCUUUCAAGUAUUCUCCGAAUUGGGUGGUCAAGCUUUAUCUUUCAAGGUCAAGAAUGGAGCUGGACAUACCCUUGUAGAUUACAAUGUUGCCCCUUUUUAUUGGUCCGCGGGUCAAACUUAUCAGGGAAGGAUUAAUUUUUAUUAACCACGGACCAACGUGGUUUGGGAUCAUCACGUCAUCUAUGAUCCUUAAUUAACAAUUUGUACUAAUUAAUGUACCAAUUAUGGAUUAUGCAUGUUACGUUGUUGAUUGCAUGUUUUCUUUCCUCCGAUUAUAAACGAUCAAACUCAAAUGUAAUUUUAAGGGUUGUAUAGGAGGAAGAUUCAUCGUUUGUUUGUAAUUUAUUCUUGAUGAUGAAUGAGAAUGAGGAACAUAGCUAAUA